GCUCUGGUUGUAAACGUGGCUAGUUACUGUCAGCACACAGGAAAAAAUUACAACAUGCUCCAGGAACUCCAGCGAGAGUUUGGACCAUACCAUUUCACUGUGCUGGCCUUUCCUUGCAAUCAGUUUGGGGAAUUGGAGCCAGGUCUGAAUGAUGAGAUAAUAUAUUUUGCUAAAUCAAAUUAUGGAGUAACGUUUCCCAUCUUCAGUAAAAUAAAAAUUCUAGGAUCUGAAGCAUCACCAGCAUUUAAAUUUCUGAUAGGUAAGUUUGUGUCUCUCUUAAGCUGCAUGUUGUGUCUUUUAGUGCAGUGUUACUUUUAGGCAGAAAAAUAUACAGACUUCAGAUUCAUUGGAU